AGGAGGGCACAUGGGGGCAUCCAUUGUCCCUGGAAUGGGUAUUUUGAGAGCUGUGCCCCUCCAGUCAAUAUCUGGCCUCCUCUCCCUGCCACCUUCCUUUCCCUGCAGGUCUUGGUUUUUGUGAGCUGUCAGUCCCACUAUUAGCCAAGGCAGAGGCAUGGGGGGAGGUGGUGGUGAAAUCUCCUUUCUCAAGGACCCAUCAGGACACUAAGAGCGGGGUGUUGGUGGGUAAGGCUGGGAUGGAGGGGCAAAGUUAGAACUGGGGAAGAGAACCUUCAGGGGAAUCUGAAGAGGGGAAUGAAGGGUUACCCUCAGGUUCUUGAUCCACAUGUCACCUUCCUGCAGGGUCUCCCAUGGGAUUGCUGGGACCUUGCUGGGUGAGAUGGCACUGUGUGCAAAAAAGCGCCCCCCAGAAGAAGAAAGGAGGGCACGGGCCAAUGACCGAGAAUACAAUGAGAAAUUCCAGUAUGCGAGUAACUGCAUCAAGACCUCCAAGUACAAUAUUCUCACCUUCCUGCCUGUCAACCUCUUUGAGCAGUUCCAGGAAGUUGCCAAUACCUACUUCCUGUUCCUUCUCAUUCUGCAGUUGAUCCCACAGAUCUCGUCCCUGUCCUGGUUCACCACCAUCGUGCCUUUGGUUCUUGUCCUCACCAUCACAGCUGUUAAAGAUGCCACUGAUGACUAUUUCCGCCACAAGAGUGAUAACCAGGUGAAUAACCGUCAGUCUCAGGUGCUGAUCAAUGGAAUCCUCCAGCAGGAGCAGUGGAUGAAUGUCUGUGUUGGUGAUAUCAUCAAGCUAGAAAAUAACCAGUUUGUGGCGGCGGAUCUCCUCCUACUUUCCAGCAGUGAGCCUCAUGGGCUGUGUUACAUAGAGACAGCAGAACUCGAUGGAGAGACCAACAUGAAAGUGCGUCAGGCGAUUCCAGUCACCUCAGAAUUGGGAGACAUCAGUAAGCUUGCCAAGUUUGAUGGUGAAGUAAUUUGCGAACCUCCCAACAACAAGCUGGACAAAUUCAGUGGAAUGCUCUACUGGAAGGAGAACAAGUUCCCCCUGAGCAACCAGAACAUGCUGCUGCGGGGCUGCGUGCUGCGGAACACCGAGUGGUGCUUCGGGCUGGUCAUCUUUGCAGGUCCUGACACUAAGCUGAUGCAGAACAGUGGCAGGACGAAAUUUAAGAGAACAAGUAUUGAUCGCCUAAUGAAUACACUGGUGCUUUGGAUUUUUGGAUUCUUGGUUUGCAUGGGGGUGAUCCUGGCCAUUGGCAAUGCCAUUUGGGAGCACGAGGUCGGGAUGCGCUUCCAGGUCUACCUGCCCUGGGAUGAGGCAGUAGACAGUGCCUUUUUUUCUGGCUUCCUCUCCUUCUGGUCCUACAUCAUCAUCCUUAACACCGUCGUGCCCAUAUCGCUCUAUGUCAGUGUGGAGGUCAUUCGCCUGGGCCACAGCUACUUCAUCAACUGGGACAAGAAGAUGUUCUGCAUGAAGAAGCGGACGCCUGCAGAGGCCCGCACGACCACGCUGAAUGAGGAGCUGGGCCAGGUGGAGUACAUCUUCUCUGACAAGACAGGCACCCUCACCCAGAACAUCAUGGUCUUCAACAAAUGCUCUAUCAAUGGCCGCAGCUAUGGUGAUGUGUUCGAUGUCCUGGGGCACAAAGCUGAAUUGGGAGAGAGGCCUGAACCCAUCGACUUCUCCUUCAAUCCUCUGGCUGACAAGAAGUUCUUAUUUUGGGACCCCACACUCUUGGAGGCUGUUAAGAUGGGGGACCCCUACAUCCAUGAGUUCUUCCGCCUCCUCUCCCUGUGUCAUACUGUUAUGUCAGAAGAAAAGAAUGAAGGGGAGCUGUACUACAAAGCCCAGUCCCCGGACGAGGGGGCCCUGGUCACUGCAGCCAGGAACUUUGGUUUUGUAUUCCGCUCUCGUACUCCCAAGACCAUCACUGUCCAUGAGAUGGGCACAGCCGUCACCUACCAGCUGCUGGCCAUCCUGGACUUCAACAAUAUCCGAAAGCGGAUGUCGGUUAUAGUGCGAAACCCAGAGGGGAAGAUCCGACUCUACUGCAAAGGGGCUGACACUAUUCUGCUGGACAGACUCCACCACUCCACCCAAGAGCUGCUCAACACCACCACUGACCACCUGAAUGAAUAUGCAGGGGAAGGGCUGAGGACCCUGGUACUGGCCUACAAGGAUCUGGAUGAAGAAUACUAUGAGGAGUGGGCUGGUAGACGACUCCAAGCCAGCCUGGCCCAGGACAGCCAGGAAGACAGGCUGGCCAGCGUUUACGAGGAGAUUGAAAGUGACAUGAUGCUGCUGGGUGCAACGGCCAUUGAGGACAAACUUCAGCAAGGGGUUCCAGAGACCAUAGCCCUCCUGACAUUGGCCAACAUCAAGAUUUGGGUGCUCACCGGAGACAAACAAGAGACGGCUGUGAACAUUGGCUAUUCCUGCAAGAUGCUGACGGAUGACAUGUCAGAGGUGUUCAUGGUCACUGGCCACACCGUCCUGGAAGUGCGGGAGCAGCUCAGGAAAGCCCGGGAGAAGAUGAUGGACCCGUCCCGCACCAUAGGCAAUGGCUUUACUUACCAUGAGCAACUUUCUUCUUCCAAGCUUACUUCUGUCCUGGAAGCCGUGGCUGGGGAGUAUGCCCUGGUCAUCAAUGGACACAGCCUGGCCCAUGCGUUGGAGGCAGACAUGGAGCUGGAGUUUCUGGAGACAGCCUGUGCCUGCAAAGCUGUCAUCUGUUGCCGGGUGACCCCCUUGCAGAAGGCACAGGUGGUGGAACUGGUUAAAAAGUACAAGAAGGCUGUGACACUUGCCAUUGGGGAUGGAGCCAAUGAUGUCAGCAUGAUCAAAACGGCUCACAUUGGUGUGGGCAUCAGUGGGCAAGAAGGGAUCCAGGCUGUCCUGGCCUCAGAUUACUCCUUCUCCCAGUUCAAGUUUCUGCAGCGCCUCCUGCUGGUGCAUGGGCGCUGGUCCUACCUGCGCAUGUGCAAGUUCCUCUGCUAUUUUUUCUACAAGAACUUUGCUUUCACCAUGGUCCACUUCUGGUUUGGCUUCUUCUGCGGCUUCUCCGCCCAGACCGUCUAUGACCAGUAUUUCAUCACCCUUUAUAACAUUGUAUAUACCUCCCUCCCAGUCCUGGCUAUGGGGGUCUUUGAUCAGGACGUCCCAGAGCAGCGGAGCAUGGAGUACCCUAAACUAUAUGAGCCAGGCCAGCUGAACCUCCUCUUCAACAAGCGGGAAUUCUUCAUCUGCAUUGCCCAGGGCAUCUACACCUCUGUUCUCAUGUUCUUCAUCCCCUAUGGGGUAUUUGCCGAGGCCACCCGGGAUGAUGGCACCCAGCUGGCCGACUAUCAGUCCUUUGCGGUCACUGUGGCUACUUCAUUGGUCAUUGUUGUCAGCGUACAGAUUGGGCUUGAUACAGGCUACUGGACGGCCAUCAACCACUUUUUCAUCUGGGGCAGCCUAGCUGUUUACUUUGCCAUUCUCUUUGCCAUGCAUAGCAAUGGGCUCUUCGACAUGUUUCCCAACCAGUUCCGGUUUGUGGGUAAUGCACAGAACACCCUGGCCCAGCCCACAGUGUGGCUGACCAUCGUGCUUACCACGGUAGUCUGCAUCAUGCCCGUAGUUGCUUUUCGAUUCCUCAAGCUGAACCUGAAGCCCGAUCUCUCUGACACGGUCCGCUACACCCAGCUGGUGAGGAAGAAACAGAAGGCCCAGCACCGCUGCAUGCGGCGGGUGGGUCGCACAGGAUCCCGGCGCUCUGGCUAUGCCUUCUCCCACCAGGAAGGCUUUGGGGAGCUCAUAAUGUCUGGCAAAAACAUGCGACUCAGCUCCCUGGCACUCUCCAGCUUUACUACCCGCUCCAGCUCCAGCUGGAUUGAGAGCCUGCGCAGGAAGAAGAGUGACAGCGCCAGCAGCCCCAGCGGAGGAGCCGACAAGCCCCUCAAGGGAUGAAGGCUGGGACCUCUAUGCCCCGUGCCAGUGAUCAGAGCACACAGGGCAGGCCGGCCACCAAGAGGACCGUGUCUGAGAACUGCCCGUCUUCCUUCUUGCCUCUCCCAGACUUCUCCCCUGGUAGACUCUGUCCUACUGGUCCCACCAGAAGUGUCUGGGGCAUUUCCAGCCAGGGGCCCUCCCACUAGCUAGGAAGGUAGAGGGGACAGUCCUCAAGGGCAGAGUAAGGGCUGGACCAUCUGGAACCAGUCCCAGUGGGGGACCAGAUAUGGAACCAAAAACAGAAAAAAAAACUGUGAGAGGUUGAGUCUGCCCCUCCCUUGCCUGGGAACCCACAGGGAGACUAUAGUCUCUGUAUUUUUUUACUCCCACUCCCCACAGGGGCCCUAGAGCCCCUGUUCCUGAAUUACAUAAGAAUGUAUCAUGCCGGGAAGCCAGAGACCUGUUGGGGCCUCUGGGCCCCUCACAUCGUGUAUGUCUCUCCUUGAUUUGUGUUUGUGUCUAUUUGGUUUUGUCUUUUUUAUUUGGCAAGUGGAGGAGGCCUCUAAGUGACUUUUAUCUUGUGGUUGGUGUCUUAACUCUCCUGGGGAAAAGGAGGUUGGCCCACACAGGUACCCAAACCUGGCUGGAUGUGGAGUGGUUAGGGAGGAGCCACAGUUCAUGGUUGGUCCUCUGGUCCCCCUGAGGGACAGUGAGGCUGACCAGGGAGGGAGGUGCCUUUCAGUUAGAGGGUGUGGGGAGAGUGUAAAGGAGGAUUUGGUUCUGUCUGCUUCCUCACCUUGAGAGUGAAGAGCUGUCCCUUCCCCCAGAACACACGCAUAUCAACUCCUGGAUUCCAUAAGUCCUGCUGGUAUUGGACUGGAGCCAGGGAAAGUAGCCCUGUCAUUCCCUGGCCAAAAGCUGGGUAUGAAGUUUAGUCCUGAAAAAAGGUUUUGUUUUAUUUUAAAUUUAGACUCAAGUCCAUGAGCAGAGUCCCUUCUGAAUUCCCUUCUCCUUCCUCAUCUGGCGUUUUCCUGCAUCUACACCCCAGGACCUGAGGUGGGCCUGAACGGGGAAGCUGGCCUCUGCUUCUCCCUUCUGGUAGACAAGGGGUCCCACCCCUCUGGGCCCAGAAUCUGGUAGGAGGUGGUGAGUCCACGUUCUGGGUGGUAGAAGUGCUACUCAGUGCCUGGCUUGGCCUGGACAGGACUAGUUGGAGCCUCAGCACAACUAUCCUGCCUCUCCAUACCUAGGGAGCUCUUCCCCAAAUUAGGUGUUUCCCAAUUUCACUGCUACCAAGUUAGUCUUGGGAAAAAUCCUUUCCUCGUCUUUGGUCGUGGAGGGGAGGGGUCCUCAGGAAUGGUGGGGAGCUGGGAGUGGGGUACAGAUAUCUUGAACAUUCUAUUCUGUAGGAGCCCUGUAGAACUGCAGGUGGGCUGUGGUGAGGCAGGGUAGGUUGGCCUCCAGUGGGAGGAGGGGAAAGCUUGACAGGGAAAUCCCUUUUGGCCACACAGUUUACAAACCCAACAUCAUGUCUGUUUGUGCGUCUCUCAAGGUGAGAGUCUGAUUUUUAUACCAAAGAGGAAAUGAUUUUUUUUUCAUAUUUGGUUUGUCUAUUAUAUAAAUAUAAAAAAAAAAUAUAUAUAUAUAUACAGUUAUAUAUUAUUUUUUUGGUUCUCUCUCGUUUUUUAGGGAGGGAGGAAAGUACUAAGUUGCAUUGAACUGUAAUUAAGGAACAUUCUGUAUAAUUUAUGACAUAUUUCUAUACUUGCAAAAAUUAUAUCAUUUUAUGGGUAUAAGAGAAAAAUGCCUUUUUAUAAAAUUUCAGUUUCUGAGAAA